CAAACAUUUUUCACACAGCCUAGGCUAGACAGAGCAGAGGGACAUGUUGGAGACAGACAGAACGGGAGUAUCUUUCGGGAAGUAGGGCUAACGUACGCCCUUUCAGAGAUGGGCUUUCUCGCCCAAAGAGGCAAGAGAAUAACUUGAACUGCAGAGUUACAUCCUGGGCUAAAUUGGUGUCAUUGAACCUUUAUAUGCUCAAGUUAUUUGAAGUUUAAAAUGUGGGAGAUGGGGGUGUUGUCGAGAGCGAGGUCUCCCCUCCUGUUGUCCAGGACAAGAUGGCAGCAGUGCAGGCAAACUCUGCAUGGUAUGGGUAUAUAGCUAAGUCCACAAAAUGUUCAGAAAAGCCCUGGAUUCUACGUAUUGUUACUCUAUAAGAAGGUAUGGCCUCACAAGUCUGGAUCUACCCACCACACAUUUAUCAAAUCCAGACUAGUGCCUUUUGCAGCGUGAAGAAAGUCAAAGUGGAGCCCAGCAGCUGUGUGUACCAUGAGAGAGCCCAAACGCAGACUUCUCUGAACGGUAGAACCCUUGGCAUAGUGCACCCGAUCAGACUCGCUCCCUCCUUUGCAACCCGAGACUCUGCAGCGUGUGAGAGAACGUGUGGCGGCGGGCAGGAGUUCCCUGUACAGACGGUGGCCGUGCGUGGGGUACGGAGAAAGCAGAACGGAACAGGAGGAACAGGCCCGGCGGAGGCCCAGCAGCCCCAGGACACAGGGCCAGUCCCCAGGCAGGGCAAGGGGCAGGAGCAGACGGACAGAGACGGGGGAGGCAGCAGUAGUGGAGCGACAGGAGGAGGGGGAAGUGGGGAGGAAGGUAGAAGAGGUAGGAAGGAAGAGACAGAAGGUGACUGGGAAGAGGGCGAUUGUGGAGGUUUGAACUUGGCCGACAGCGCUCAGCGAUGUGGGCUGAAACGUAAGAGCGAGGAGCUUGAUAACCGCGGGAGCACCAUGCAGAUAGUGGAGGACCUGUCCAUGUUGCCAGCCAUGAUGCAAACGACCAAUGGUGGAAAUCCAGCUGGGUUGCCCGCGCCCACGGCUGUAGGGGGCGCACGAGGACCCCCAACCAAACAGGGAGCGGCGGGCGGAGCAGGAGGGGGUGACGGGGACUACCAGCUGGUGCAGCACGAGGUCCUGUGCUCCAUGAAGAACACGUACGAGGUGCUGGACUUCCUGGGCCGCGGCACCUUCGGACAGGUGGUAAAGUGCUGGAAGAGGGGUACUGGGGAGGUGGUGGCGGUGAAGAUCCUGAAGAACCACCCGUCAUACGCACGCCAGGGCCAGAUCGAGGUGGGCAUUCUAGCCCGACUGAGCGGGGAGAACGCGGAUGAGCACAACCUGGUGCGGGCCUUCGAGUGCUUCCAGCACCGCAGCCACACGUGCCUGGUUUUUGAGAUGCUGGAGCAGAACCUCUAUGACUUCCUCAAGCAGAACAAGUUCAGCCCGCUGCCGCUGAAGGUGAUCCGGCCCGUGCUGCAGCAGGUGGCCACAGCCCUGAAGAAGUUGAAGACCAUGGGUCUGAUCCACGCGGACCUAAAGCCGGAGAACAUUAUGCUGGUGGACCCUGUCAGGCAGCCCUACAGGGUGAAGGUGAUAGACUUUGGCUCAGCCAGCCACGUGUCCAAGGCUGUGUGCUCCACAUACCUCCAGUCCCGGUACUACAGGGCUCCAGAGAUCAUCCUGGGCCUGCCCUUCUGUGAAGCCAUCGACAUGUGGUCCCUGGGCUGUGUGAUCGCUGAGCUCUUCCUGGGCUGGCCCCUCUACCCAGGGGCCCUGGAGUACGAUCAGAUUCGCUACGUUUCUCAGACGCAGGGUUUGCCUGGGGAGCAUCUGUUGAAUGUGGGGACGAAGACGGCACGGUUCUUCUGCAGGGAGUCUGACUCCCCCUACUCAGCAUGGCGAUUGAAGUCGACUGAUGAGCAUGAGACCGAGACGGGGAUGAAAUCAAAGGAAGCAAGGAAGUACAUCUUCAACUGUUUGGAUGACAUAGCGCACGUCAACUUGGUGAUGAAUCUGGAAGGUAGUGACCUGUUGGCAGAGAAGGUGGACCGAAGAGAGUUUGUGGGCCUGCUGAAGAGGAUGUUGUGGAUCGAUGCGGAGAAGAGGAUCACCCCCGCUGAGGCGCUCAGCCACUCCUUUAUGUCCAUGCAACACCUGCUCGACUUCCCCCAUAGCAACCAUGUCAAAUCAUGUUUCCACAUCAUGGACGUAACCCGGUCUCGUCCCGGUCCUUACGACACGCUCAACCGGAACAAAGCCCCCUUCAUCAGACCGGUGACCACGACCACCACCACAGUUAACCUGACCCGGCCCUUCAGCAAGAUGGCCGCCAUCCACAACCAAGCUUUAGCCCCCUCGGCCCCCUCAGUGAUGCACCCUGGGAUACCGCUCCAAACAGGAAAUGGCCAGUUUGGCUGCAGCGACUCAUUUCAACAGGCACUCAUCCUGUGCCCCCCAACGAUGCAGGGAAUCCCCACUAACGCGGCCAAGCCACAGGGCUUCUCCGUACGCAUGGAGACUGCUGUGCCUCUGGUCACCCAAGCUCCCUCCAUCCAGCCCCUACAGAUCAGACCUGGGCUCAUCACACAGCAGACCUGGUCUAACCGCCCCCAGCAGAUCCUGCUGCCCGCCUGGCAGCAGGUGACUCCAAUGGCGCCCCCACCAGCCACCAUGGCGUCCGACACUGUGGCAGGCCCACAGAGACUGGGAGAAUGGGGGAAAGUGCGUCCCCAUGGCAACCAUUACAGCUCUAUGAUGCCCCACCACCAUCAGCCGCUCUUAACCAACCAGAUGACCAUGUCUGCCCACCAGCCAAUCAGCAUAGGCAUCGCACACGUGGUGUGGCCACAGCCCUCUGCUAACAAGAGAAACAAGCCCUGCUUUAACAGAAGCAACAAUUUCACCUACAACAACAACACCCAAAACUCAGCAUGCCAGUCCCCAAAGAUGGCCGACACCACGAGGAAUGUCCCAGAGGAGAGAUUCCCGGAGGCGGGGCGAGCUGCACAGCUAGAACCUGAACCGGAGCAGGAGGAGGAGGCUAGCUGCUGUAAGGCAGGAUCAGACUCUGAAGAGCAGUCUGUCUCUUAUAAGCAGCGGCAGGCCAUGGUGAUGUCUGAUCUGGCCAGCCCCACUGUCACUGUCAUUAGUAUCAGCAGUGAUGAGGAAGAGGAGGAGGAAGAGAGAACACGGAGACACUCACUGGGGGAGUGUAAGGGCAGUGCUGAGUGUGAGGCGUGUCAGAGCACAGUGAGUAUGGAGAGAGUAUGUUCCCUCAGCAGUCCAGACAGCACCCUCAGCACCAGCUCCUCUGCCUCAGCCCAGUCCAGCACCUCGCCCUGCAAACGCCCCAACAGUAUGUCAGAUGACGAGCAGGAGAGCGGUUGUGACAUUGUGGACGGCUCGCCUUCCUCCGACUCCUCUGGCCCUAGCAACAGCCCCUUCACCGAACAACGCUACAUCGCCGACGGCAACCAGAACCGCGGGCCCCGUGUAGCGUGCGUUGCCCCGGUAACGGAGCCCAGAAAGCCGGCGGUGCGCACCAUGGUGGUGCCGCCCAUGAGGGUGCAGAAUAACAACCCCCACCCACACAUCAACGAGACGCUAGGCAACACCAUCUUAGAGUCUUUCCAGUUCAAACGGCGAGGUAUCCCAGGGCGUCAACCGCACCACUCCAUACCCCUCCUCAACCGGCCACAGAAGAUCACUGCAUUCCAGCCCCAGCAACAGCAGCCCAUGGGCUUUGGACAGCUCCAGCAUUACGGCUCCUGCCACCAGGAAUGGAAUGGAAACUAUGCCCACCGGCGCCCGCAGGCCUACAUCCCCCCCACUAUGCAUGGGCACUCCUUUACCCUACCCCACGGCAGCCCCAACCACACUACAGGCCCCCGCCAUCACCCCCACCCGCACGGCCAGCAUACUCUUCUGUCCUACCCGCCCAAUGGGCCCCUGGUCACAGCAGCCCCUGUGGCCCACAUCCUGGCCUCCCCUGGGGCUUCACGGCCCGUCCUGCAGCCCGCCUACAGCAUCUCUCACCCAGGCGGUAUCGUCCACCAGGUCACUGUGGGCAUCAACCCCCGGCUGCUGCCCUCGCCCACUAUCCACACCCAGGGCCAGUUCAAGGCCCUCUUCCCCCCGCACCCCUACAUGGCAUCGCCUGCCUACGCCACCUUCCCCCUCAGCCCCACCAAACUCAACCAGUACCCCUACAUCUGACAGGGUCCCGGAGCGGCCCGCCCUCCAGAUGCACCUCGCGCCCCCCGGGGGCCAAGCGAGCAGAAGGGGCCUUCUUCUCAGAAUACACAACCAACA